UUUUGAAUUGGGGGAGUUGUGUAAACAAACUGAGCAAGGGAAAAAUAAAAGAGGGGGAAGGAGUAGAGAGAGAGAGAGAGGCAUUAUUCCAGGAAACAUUUAUUACAGUGUGUCCCCUUGGUUAUAAUUUAAUUUAAUUUUGGGCUAAAGAGAUAUUUAAUUUUCUGCGAAAAUAUAAAUGUUAUUGUUUUGCUCUUGUUCGAUUCGAUUCGAUGUGAUCCCGCGCCAACAAAGACUCUUUUCUUCUUCUACUCGUGAAAAUUCGAGAGAGAGACGAGAAAUAGAGAUAUACAGAAGAGCCGCAUUUGAAUUUACUGCUUCUGGGUCUCCUCCGAUUCCGACAAGUUUAGAAUUUUUAAUCGAAUCUUAGGUUUUGUCCCCAGAAGAAUUUGUGGGGAUGAAUUUGGGGGAAUUGAACAAGGUGUGGGAGAUAAAGGCGUUGAAGAAGAAACCGAAGGAAGAAGAAGCGAGGAAGAUUCUGGAGAAAGUGGCGAAUCAGGUUCAACCUAUUAUGACUCGACGCAAAUGGCGUGUCAAGCUUCUCUCCGAAUUCUGCCCAACGAAUCCAAGGCUAUUGGGAGUGAAUGUUAAUAGAGGCGUUCAUGUCAAAUUGAGGCUUCGGAGGGUAAACCACGAUGGAGAUUUCUUAUCCUACCACGAGAUCCUUGACACUAUGCUCCACGAGCUUUGCCACAAUGCUCAUGGUCCUCACAAUGCUAGUUUUUAUAAGCUUUGGGAUGAACUUCGAAAGGAAUGUGAGGAGUUGAUGUCAAAGGGUAUCACAGGGACAGGCCAGGGCUUUGAUGUUCCUGGCAAGCGCUUGGGUGGCUUUUCUCGUCAGCCUCCCCUCUCUUCUCUUCGCGUAACAGCAGCUAAAGCAGCUGAAAAGAGAGUGCGUGCGGGUAAUUUGUUACCCUCAGGACCUCAACGCCUUGGUGGUGAUAGCAGCAUUAUGUCAGAUCUUACCCCAAUCCAGGCUGCUGCAAUGGCUGCUGAAAGGCGUUUACUUGAUGACAUCUGGUGUGGUUCCCAGUCCGCAGAGGCUUUAGAAGACCAAGAGAAUUAUAGUGACGCAUGUGCGGAACCUGUUGUUUCGGUAAGGUCAGCAAAAAGAAGCAGUAGCUGCUCAAAUGCUACCAGUUCAUCAUGCCCUCCAUCUUCCUGGGGAUCAGAUGUCAUUGAUUUAACAGAGGAAGAAGCUUCUGAAAGUAGUAGAUGUAGUAAAAGAAGUUGCAACCCAGCUGGUGAUCAAGGUCCUUCGUCGUCCUCCAAAGAUGAACCAAUAUCUGGUGUUAUGAAAUCAUCAGAAACUUCACCAUCCACCAGUUACAAUGCAAACCAAGGCAGAGAAGAACCUGCAAUGUGGGAGUGUGCAGAAUGCACCUUAUUGAACCCGAUGUUGGCUCCAAUAUGCGAGCUAUGCACUGCGGCAAAGCCAAAGGAAAGAGAGAUGAAGCACAACUUAUGGUAUUGCAAGUUCUGCACGCUUGAAAACGAGGUGAAGCUGGAGAAAUGCGAGGCUUGUGGUCAGUGGAGAUACUCGUAUGGACAACCAUUGUCGACUCGUGCUCCUAAUGUCGGCACUUGAGGGAGUUCCUAGUGUUCUGCAUGGACUAAAAUUCCUGUCUUCGCCAUAUCUUUUUUGGCAACGAGCGAUGACAUGCUUCUCCAUGUUAUGUAAACCGAAUACCAAUUUUUUUUGUGGCUGCUAGGAUUAGACCUUUUUAACUCCAUUUGGUACAAAGAAUAUUUCUA